AUGGCUUCCGAGACGAUAAACUUUGGCCAGAUAUUCGCUGUCGCCGUCGUGGGCUUUCUGCUAUACCGCUGGUUCUCUGGACCCAGUCCGCCAUCAUCACAAUCUUCUGGUCGCAAUGGAGGACGUCAAGUCAACCCCGAGCACGUCGAAGCGGUAGCCGCCAUGUACCCCCAGUUGGACAGACGAGCAAUUAUAUGGGAUUUGCAUCGAAACGGAGGCAGCGUACAGGCGACUGUUGAGAGACUUCUCGGUGGAAGAACCUUGGAGACGCCCCCACCAUCUUUCCAGCCCCCGAUACCUCGCGCUGCAGCUGCACCCGCCGCUACCAGACCUGUAGCUGAGGUCAAGACCAAUCCCGAUUUGAUCACCCGGUACAACCUCUCAUCUCGUGUCAACACAGCAGAAGGCAAGCAAGAGGCAGAAACAAACGGCACCAAAGGGUGGUCUCAGAACAAGACAGAAAGAUCCGAGAUUCUGAAACGAAGAAGGGAGGAGAUGGUGCUGGCCGCCAGAAGGAAGAUGCUGGAAAAGGACCAGACCAAGGCUGCUUAA